AUGCUUCGUCUCGCCAGGAAAGGAUUCUCCCAGUGCGCUAUUAUUCGGUCUUAUGCCAAAGAUGUCAAAUUCGGAGGUGAGGGACGUCAGGCAAUGCUCGUUGGAGUGAAUCUUCUCGCUGACGCUGUGUCUGUAACAAUGGGCCCAAAGGGAAGAAAUGUGAUUAUUGAACAGUCUUGGGGAAGCCCAAAGAUCACCAAGGACGGAGUCACAGUUGCGAAGUCCAUUGAUCUUAAGGAUAAAUACCAAAACUUAGGAGCUAAGCUAAUCCAAGAUGUUGCUAAUAAAGCCAACGAAGAAGCUGGCGAUGGAACAACUUGCGCCACCGUUCUCGCCCGUGCCAUCACGAAAGAGGGUUUCGAAAGUAUUCGCCAAGGAGGAAAUGCUGUUGAAAUCCGCCGCGGAGUUAUGAACGCUGUCGAAGUCGUGGUGAAGGAGUUGAAAGCCUUGAGCAAAAAAGUCACCACUCCAGAAGAAAUUGCUCAAGUUGCCACUAUUUCUGCCAACGGAGACACAAACAUUGGAAAUCUUAUUUCUGACGCUAUGAAGAAAGUUGGAACCAAAGGAGUGAUUACUGUUAAAGAUGGAAAGACCCUGACGGACGAACUCGAACUUAUCGAAGGAAUGAAGUUUGAUCGCGGAUACAUUUCCCCAUAUUUCAUCACAACGCCAAAGGGAGCUAAGGUUGAAUAUGAAAAAGCUUUGGUGCUCCUUAGUGAGAAGAAGAUCAGCCAGGUUCAAGAUGUUGUCCCAGCCCUUGAACUCGCCAAUAAGAUGCGAAGACCUUUGGUUAUCAUUGCCGAAGAUGUUGAUGGAGAGGCGCUUACCACUCUGGUUCUCAAUAGACUGAAGGUUGGACUUCAAGUUGUUGCCGUUAAAGCUCCAGGAUUCGGAGACAACAGGAAGAAUACCCUCAAGGAUAUGGGAAUCGCCACCGGCGCAACCGUUUUCGGAGAUGAUACCAACCUUGUGAAGAUUGAAGAUGUGGCUGCUAGCGAUCUUGGAGAAGUUGACGAGGUCACAAUCACUAAGGAUGACACUCUUCUUUUGAGAGGACGAGGAGAUCAAACAGAAAUCGAAAAGAGAAUUGAGCAGAUCACUGAUGAAAUUGAGCAAUCUACCAGCGAAUACGAAAAGGAGAAAUUAAACGAGAGACUUGCCAAGCUUUCGAAGGGAGUUGCUGUUCUCAAAAUCGGAGGAGCCUCUGAAGUUGAAGUUGGAGAGAAGAAGGACAGGGUUACAGAUGCUCUCUGCGCUACCCGUGCUGCUGUCGAAGAAGGAAUCGUUCCAGGAGGAGGCGUUGCUCUUCUUCGUUCCCUAAAAGCCCUUCAGUCUUUCAAGGCUGCAAACGAGGAUCAACAGAUUGGUGUGAACAUUGUCAAAAAGGCACUUGUUCAACCAAUUUCCACAAUCGUCAGGAACGCCGGACUCGAGCCAUCGGCAAUCAUUGAUGAAGUUCUUUCAAACAGCAACCCAGCUCAUGGUUAUGACGCUAUGCACGGAAAGUUCGUCAACAUGUUCGAAGCUGGAAUCAUUGAUCCAACCAAGGUUGUCAGAACCGCUCUUCAAGAUGCUUCUGGAGUUGCUUCUCUUCUCGCCACCACCGAAUGCGUCGUAACAGAAAUUCCAAAGGAGGAGCCAGCUCCAGCGGGAGGAAUGGGCGGCAUGGGAGGAAUGGGUGGAAUGGGCGGCAUGGGCUUCUAA